CCGGGCCGGCCCGAGGUGGGGUCGGCGCCCGGGGCGGCGCGGCGGAGGCGAUGGCGCCGGCGGCGUCGAGGCUGCGAGCGGAGGCUGGGCUCGGGACGCUCCCGCGGCGGGCGCUAGCGCAGUACCUGCUCCUUCUGCGGCUCUACCCGGUGCUCACCAAGGCAACCACCAGUGGCAUUUUGUUAGCACUUGGGAACUUACUGGCCCAGACAAUUGAGAAGAAACGGAAAAAAGAAAACUCUGAAAAUCUAGACAUCAGUGGGCCUCUCAGAUAUGCGAUUUAUGGGUUCUUCUUCACAGGGCCGCUGAGUCAUUUCUUCUACCUCUUCAUGGAAAGCUGGAUCCCUUCUGAGGUUCCCUUGGCAGGGAUCAAGAGGCUCCUCUUGGACCGUCUGCUCUUUGCACCGGCCUUCCUGUUGCUGUUCUUCCUCAUCAUGAACUUUCUGGAGGGGAAGGACAUGUCUGCCUUCGCCGCCAGGAUGCGGAGGGGCUUCUGGCCGGCGCUGUGGAUGAACUGGAGGGUCUGGACGCCCGUGCAAUUUAUUAACGUCAACUACGUCCCCGUGCAGUUCCGGGUGCUUUUUGGCAACCUGGUGGCUCUGUUCUGGUAUGUCUACCUGGCCUCUCUGGGGAAGUGAAGACGGCCCAGGGAGAGCAUCUGAAGCACUAUGGACAUGGAUCUGGGGACCCCCCACCUGCCCAGAGUGAGCGAGCAGAAGCAGCCCAGUCAGGACUUCAUUUAACUCUAAAUCAUGUGAUUCAAGAUGCCGUAAAAUAAUGGAUGGAGAAACGUAAAUCUCUUAAUGUCAGAUUCUUGUGUUUUAAAAAGGCAGUAGCUGACUUCAGAUGGUGCUGCCCUAGAAACUUAAAAUAUAGUACAUACGAUUUCAUUUCUCACUUUGGACCGAAUUAGCAUCACAAUAAACUAUAAUGUAGCUUCUUCAGUGGUUUCUCAGAACAAUUAAUUAAUAAUAAUUUCUCAGAACAAUUGCUGUUGCUUUGGGUUUUUUUAUUGCAGUAAAAUACAUAUAAAAUUUACCAUUUUAACCAUCUUUGAGUAUACAGUUCAGUGGCAUCAAGUACAUUCACAAUGUGCAACCAUCAUCACCAUCCAUUUCUAGGACUUUUUCAUCUUCCCAAACUGAAAGUCCCCAUUAAACACUAAUGCCCCAUUCCCCCUCCCCCACCAUUCCACUUUCUGUCUCCAUUAAUUUGACUCUAAGUACCUCAUACAAGUGGGAUCAUGUAGUAUUUGUCCUUUUAUGACUGGCUUAUUUUACUAAGCAUAUACCUGCUAUGGUUUGAAUGCGUCCCUCCAAAAUUCAUGUUGAAAGUUAAUCCCCAUUGGGGUAUUAAGAAGUAGGGCCUUUGGGGAAGUGAUUAAGUCAUGAGGGCUCCACCCUCAUGAAUGAAUGAAUGAAUGCCCUUGAAAGAGCUUCAGUGAGCAUUUGCCCCUCUUGCCCUUCUGUCCCCUCUGCCCUGUGAGGACACAGCAUUUCUCCCCUCUGGGGGAUAUACGGCACCAUCUUGGAAGUGGGAACAGGACCCUUGCCAGCCAGGUCUUUAAUCUUCAACUUCCCAGCCUCUGGAA